UAUAACUAUAUAUAAUUAUAAAGUGAUUCCCUCUGAUCUGGUUUGUACUGAACGACGGUGUACACACUUGAAAGCAGCACAAUGAACUGGCAUUGUUUUUUUUUGAGAAAUGAGCUGUGAACAUCUAUGGCUGUCUGACAGUCUGAGAAUACCUACUCAAGACCCACACAAGAUGGCGGCUCCGUGUGCCGCGGCUGAGAGGGGCGUGGCGUAUCUAGUGUUCUAUAUAUAUCUAUGGGGAUGAUAUUGAAAUAUUUGAACUUCACCGCGACAUUCGUGUGAUGACAGCCAAUCAGCAUUCAACGGCUACUGAGUGACAUAACGUAACAGCCAAUCAGCUUUCAACAGCGUGGCCACUGAGGGACGUAACGUAACAGCCAAUCAGCGUUCAACAGCGUGGCCACUGAGUGACGUAACGUAACAGCCAAUCAGCUUUCAACCGGCCAACCGUUCCCUGCAGUGCCGACCGGGUGAACCGCAGCAUGGAGGAGAAGGGAUUGUUGCCGUUUGCACUCCCGGAGCUCUAUCUAUAAUAGUAUAUAAUAUGAUAUAAAUGUAAUGUAUAAUAUUACGGCCAGAAGCUGUGUGAGCCUCCGGACGGCCGUAGCGCGUCGGGAUUGGGCUUCGAGGGGUUUGUUUACCGGCGUUGCUAGGGUUACCGGUCCUGUGUGUUCCAACGGUUUAUUAGCGGUGGUAUCUAAUAAAUCGCUGUCUAAUCAAUACUUCAUUCACUGCCUCUUCCAUGGUCAUUACGAUAUUAUGGACCGACUGCGUCUGGUUCUCCGCCGUCCCUCCCUCUUCCACAACAGACUCACCGUCACCCUGGAUAGAGGGGAGAGAGCACUUACUGGAUGAACUCGAUGAAUUGACGCUUCAGGGCUGGAUGCUUCACGACAAGAGUCUCUACCGUGUUUCUACUACUAAGAAGGGCUGGAGGGCCAGUAGAGAAGACUGUCAGAAGAGAAAGGCAGACCUGGUGGUCAUCAACAGCAGAGAAGAACUGAACCAGGUUUCCAGGUUGGUCAGCAGAUUGGUGGGUUCUUCCUGGAUUGGACUGAGUGAUCGAGAGAAAGAGGGGACCCACAAGUGGGUGGAUGGUACCCCCAUGACCUCAAGUUGGAGACACGUUAAACCACGCGAUGACGGCGGAGCAAGAGACUGCGUCGUAGCAGGGGAGGACGGCUGGUCUGAAGAACCGUGUAACAGACUGCACCACUGGAUCUGUGAGAAGGUCCUAGACCUGGAUCAUCUGGAGGCUGAGCGGAACAAAGAGGGUUCAGUGAUGCUCACGGAGGAGGAGGAGGAGGCCCCCAGCAUCACAGAGUUCCACUCCUCUACCCACGUGUUGCCCGUGGGCCAAACGGCCCGCUACACCUGCCACGCCGGCGGCACGCCGGAGCCCACAGUAGAGUGGCUCCACAACGGCAGGCCCCUGGAGAGGGACGGCAGAGACGACCAAUCAGAGGCCUGGGUGGAGAGGGGCUUCCUCUUCGUCAAGGUGGGAGGUACGGCGUGAACACGGUCUGCUGCAUGGCGAGCAACAGCGCUGGCACGGCCAAUCACAGCGCUGAGCUGCUUGUCUUUGGUAAGUCCUGGAUCCAAGGAGAGAUGUUUGUUGUUGAUGUAGCAAUAGUGUAACUAUCAUCACAUGACCCCCCCCCCCCCCACACAUGUCAUGUUCAGGAGAACAGUACUAGUGAUGAAUGAGUGUAUUCAUAACACUGUUGUUGAUGUUUUCAUAACAUUGUUGUUGAUGUUUUCAUAAUAUUGUUGUCGAUGUUUUCAUAAC